UCGUAACUAAAGCCAAAUAAGUCAGCUGUCAUUUGUGUUUUGUAACAAUCUUACAACAGCAUUUUUGGAAUUUCUGUCAAAGCUAUUCGUCGUUAGUCAACGACUUCUCUUUCCAGAUAAUUAAUUACAAAAAAGGCAAUAACAAUGAAACCUACUCUCGUGGCUGACGAAAUGUUCCCAGAAGGAGCUGGACCGUAUAUGGAUCUCGAGGAGGCAGGAGGAUCCAGUGGACUCUUAAUGGACCUAGCCGCGAACGAGAAAGCUGUGCACGCUGAUUUUUUCAAUGAUUUCGACGAUCUUUACGAUGACGAUGACUUGGAUUGAAUAUAAGGAACCAAGAUUGUAUGUAUAAAGUUGUAACGAUCGCGUAUAAGUAAAUGCUAGAAGAAGUAAUAUCAAAAUAAACUUACUCUCGCAUA